CAUAGUGAGACUUCAUUCUUUGGAUUUUUGUUUGUGUUUCACCACUUAAAAAAGCAAAUAAAAAUGUUCACCUGCGAAUAUUGCAACCGCUCGUUCAGCCGUAAAGACCACCUGGCGAGGCACGGGGACUGUCGCGCAGCAGUACAAAUUUGUGACGUUUGCGGCGGGAUAUACAAAUCCGAGGGGGCUCUCCGACGCCAUAAACGCGAGAAGCAUGAGGUUUCCAAGGCGAAAAGACCCGCCGCCGCCCCUAUUGCUGCAGACGAACCCAAGCGCCCGAGACUUGACCUACCGGAAGCUUCGACAUCAUCAUCAUCACCAUCAUCCACGCGCCAUUGUACGCAGUGUAACUUGACCAUUCCUGCAAUGAGAUGGCAAGGACACUUGCGUACUUUGGCUCACCGCCAAAAAUGCAGCGUGGUGCAGGAGCCAGGAGUAGAAAUGAUACAGACCUCCUUCCGUAACCGCAUAGUUACAUACCGUCUGGCGUCCACCAUUAACCCUACCGAUAGUCGAACGUCCGACGCUACGGCAACGUAA